GUAACUUUUAAAAUAUUAUGCGAAUGUGAUAUUAGUUUAUAUAUUUUAACUACUCAAUAGUUUACCUUUACAAAAAAAAAAGUUUAGUCAAGAUCAUUAUUUAUAAUAUAAACAAAGACUGGUCGUAAAAUAACGAGAAAAAAAUGGUUUCGGAAGCGUGGAAGUACUUUAAUAAAGUUGUGGUAAAUGAUAAGAAGUAUGGAGAUUGCAAAAAAUGUCAUAAAAGAAUCGCUUGUCCAGGAAGCAGCACAAACGGCCUUAUUGGACACGUCAAAAGUUGCAAGAAAAUAGAUUUGAAACCAUUCAGUUCCAGACCAGUUUUGACUAAGAUGUCAUUAAACGAUCUCCUUGCCAAGUUGACAGCUCUUUAUGGGUAUUCGAUUAGGUCCAUAACUCAAUCUGAAACACUAAGAAUGCUUUUUGAAAAUUACGGGCAUAGUUUGCCUAAGUCAGCGUCCGCAAUUUCAGAAAAAAUUAAGAUGUUUCAUGCUGAAGCCAAAUACUUAAUGAUCGCUGAAUUGGCUGCAUUGAAAGCAAAAGGAGAGAAAUUUGGACUAACAGGUGACGAAUGGUGUAGCAAUAGAGGUAGAAGAUACUACAAUUUAAAUGUUCAUCACGACAGAACGUAUUGUUUAGGAAUGAUGAGAUUGCCAUCUCCUAGUUCUGCUGAAACAUUAAACAUUUUGAUAAUGGAAAAAUUAAAAGAAUUUGGUAUAGAUAGUGAAGAUAUUGCAGGUAAAACUACGGAUUGCUGUAGUUGGAUGGUGAAAUUGGGUACCAUAUUUAAGUUUCCACAUCAGAUCUGCCAGAAUCAUUCAAUUCAUUUGAGUGUUUGUGAUUUGAUAAACGCUAAAAAAGAUUGUCGCAAAAUUGUGAACAAAGAAACUGAAUCGAUUAAUGAGAUUGAGUAUGAAGAAAAUAUCGAAAAAAAUCUAGAGAAACUUCGAAUACUAAUUAAGUUUUUGAAAUAUUCAUCGUUUUGA